AACGGCAACAGUCGCCAGUAGUGCAUGGUCGUGUGCAAACUGCAAAUGUGUCUUAAAUAAUUGCAAAGUGAUUAGAACAUUUUUAAUAUUAAACAAUUAUAGUUGAUGCAAUUUUUUAUAAAUUUAAUUAUUAUUAUUUAUCAAUGCAUUUUUAAUUAUUAAAUAAACAAUGAGUGUCAAAUAUUUUAUUUUGUGUUUUUUCAUUGCAUCAACAACAGGAUAUGCAAUUAGAAAUGAACUGGGUCUAACAGAGGAUAUACCAGAGACAAAAAUAUGUGAAGUAUAUUCUCAAGCAAAUAAUUGUACAGAAUCAAAACCAGAAUGUUUUACACAACAAAAUUGUGACACAAAACAAAAACAAAAUUGUUUAACUGUUUGGACUUUAAUCAAAGAAACUAAUAAGCCAUUAUUAAAAUUCAAGAGCUGUUUUCCAGCAAAAUAUCCAACAAAAUAUUUAAAAACAAAAGAAUGUACAGCAACAUCUGAUGUAGAUAUACCAAGAUACAGUUGUUAUUGUGAUGGUGAUUUAUGUAACAAAGGACUAACAUGGAUUCCACCAAUACCAGAAACAAAAUCAUCAACACCAGCAUCACCAGCAUCAACUCAACAACCAAAAAGUGGAUAUAUACGUUAUACAAUUGCAUUUAUUAUUGUUGUAAUAUCAGUUGGAUUAUUUGUUAUUCUUGUAUUAAAUCAUGGAAGAAAAAAAAAAUGUAACGAUGAUGAUGAAGAUGAAAAAAAACAAAUACUUGAAAUAAUUGGAUCACCAAAUUUACCAAUGGAUUUAAAUACAAUUAAAAAAAUUGAAAUUAUUGGUAAUGGAUGUUAUGGAACAAUUUGGAAAGGACAAUUUGAUAAAAAUACAGUUGCUAUUAAAAUAUGUCCUGAACAGUCAAAAGACGUAUGGAAAAAUGAAUUAAAUACAUUUAAAACUCCACAAUUAAAACAUGAUAAUAUAUUAAAUUUUAUUGGUGGUAAUCCUUAUUAUUCUAAUGAUAAACCAGAGUACUGGAUUAUAACUGAUUAUCAUGAAAAUGGAUCACUCUAUGAUUAUAUUAAAAAAAAUAUAUUAAAUGUUAAUGAGAUGUGUAAAAUUGCUGAGACAAUGGUUAAAGGUGUUCGUCAUUUACACUCUGAAAUACCAGGUAAUAUGGCAUAUGGAUAUAAACCAGCAAUUGCACAUCGUGAUUUUAAAUCACAAAAUGUUUUAAUUAAAUCUGAUAAAUCUGCUUGUAUUGCUGAUUUUGGUUUUGCUAUUGAAUUUGAACCUGGUAAUGUUUGCAGCAAUGUUCAUGUUCAGGUUGGUACUGCAAGAUACAUGGCACCAGAAGCACUGGAAGGUGCAAUGACAUUUACAAGAGAUUCAUUUCUAAGAAUUGAUAUGUAUGCAGUUGGACUUGUCAUCUGGGAAUUGAUGACUCGAUGUGAUGUUCUAGGAACACCAGUUGGAGAAUAUAAACAUCCAUAUGAGGAAGAAGUUGGUCCACAUCCAAAAAUUAAUACAAUCUUGCCAAUUGUUGCAGGCGAAAAAAGAAGACCUGUUAUUCCAAGAGCAUGGCGAAAUCAUCCGCUGUUGGCAGUUUAUUGUGAAACAAUUGAAGAAUGCUGGGACGAUGAUGCAGAGGCAAGAUUAUCAGCCUCUUGUGUUUUAGAAAGACUGAUAAAUGUUAGAAAUUUAACGAAACAAAAUUCAUUAUCAUCAUCAACAAAUAAUAUUGAAGAUACUUCAGUUUAAAUUUUUUACAUUAUCAUUAAAUUAAUAUGACAAUCAUUACAUUUGUAAGUUAAAAAACGAAAAAAAAAUAAAAUUAUGUUAGAUGUAUUGUUGAACGAAAUCAAUGACAUUAUAUAUUUUUUUAAAAAUAUCUACUUAAAUUUAAAUAUGUAUAAAUAAUUAAAACCUCAGGCUAAUAAUUAGACGUUAAAAAUAAAAAAUUUUUUACAAUAUUAUUAAAA